GGCAUGGUGUUUACAUUGCUCCGUUGAGUCGCGAGUAAACGGGAUCUUAGAAAGUGGAUUUGAUUGAAUUUCUCUUUGAAAUCGUAGAUUUACCCGCAGAGUUUGGGCGCUGUCGCCGCGUUUCAAUGGGUGCUCACGGGGUUUUGGGCAACGAGCCCGAGUCUAUUGACUACUCGGUGCACGAAGCCUGGAAUGAGGCCACCAAUGUCUACCUGCUGGUCAUCCUGGUCAGCUUCGGCCUGCUGAUGUACGCCAGAAAAAACAAGAGGAAGAUCAUGCGUAUCUUCACUCUGCCUCCCACCGUCGGGAGCAGCCCGGAGCCCAACUUCUACGAUAGCCUGCAGAAGGUCCGCCUGCGGCAGCAGCUGGAGAUGUACUCUCUGGCCAGGAAGUUUGAGCAGCAGCAGGGCCAGACAGACAGUGUGCAGCUCUCCAUGGAAUGAGAGCAGGAAGGAGCUCACCCAGAGCAAACACUCCUGCGUCUUCACGCCCUCUGCACAUGGAUAGAAAAGGACUUGGAUGGCUGUCAUCAUUAGCCAUCGUUUAAAAGCCGCCACACCUAUCCAAGUUGUCUCUGUUUGGCUCCUCGAAAGUGUCUUCUCAUUCACCCUCUGUUGUCUCUUCUUCGUCUACAACGCAUGCAGAAGGCACAGCUGGAUGGAUGGAGAAGCCAAGAGCAAAGGGGAGUGUGGCAUCUUGCAGGUUUCCUGUACUGCAUCCAGCAGUGACUCUAAGUUGAGCAAUGAUAAAUAUUUAGCUGCAGUAGUCGUCACUGAGGCAUUGUCAGUGUGGUUUGAGAUUAAAAACACAAAAAAGAGUCAACCAUGAAGAAUUUCUUGCACAUGGAACAGAUCAUUAUGCUUUUAAAUGUAACAUUGUUUCUAGUC